AUGAAGCUGGGGGUUGUUUUGGUAAGUAGAGCAUAUCGAAAUAAUCAAAAUAACGUUUGUUUUCAGUUUUUUGUUGUUACCUAUAUUGUUAACGGGGAAGUAGUUGUUCUAAACGACGCUAACAUUAGAAAUACGAUUGGUAAGUUCGGAUUUUAGAUUCAUGUUUGGUGUUUAGAUAAUAACAAGAUAGUGUUCGUCAAUUUCUACGCGGAAUGGUGCAGAUUCUCACAGAUUUUAAAGCCGAUCUUUGUUAAAGCCAGCGAAAACUUUAAAGUAAGUUUGAUACCUAAAAUGGUUUAAGAUUGAUAACAACUUUUAGGAUAACACAAACCAGAUUGUCUUUGCGUCUGUAGAUUGUGACAAACAACGUAAGUUACUGAUUAUAUUAUCUAGUUUAUGAAUGAUGUUUAAUGUCUUAUAUUAUGCUAUGUUACAUUCUUUAGCGACGAUUGCACAACAAUAUAAAGUCAACAAAUAUCCGACUCUAAAGUUAUUCAGACAUGGGCAAUUGGUCAAAAAGGAAUAUAGGUACAUUUACCUUAUUAAUUUGAGUAUUUUAUGUUUAGAGGACAACGAUCUGUUGAUGCUUUUACCGAAUUUAUCAAGAAACAAGUAGAAUCUACUGUCAAACAUAUCAAUGAGAAUGACAACUUGGACAAUGUGUUAGACGUAAGUGAGGACAUUAUUAAAUAUAGGUUUUAAACUACUUUAUUGUGUGUUUUUUUAUAUAAUAUCUUUUACUUUUAAAUACUAAAACAAUAUAUUUUCAGAGCAAAGUCCGAAACGUUGUUGGUUACUUCAAUGUGCCUCAAGGAGAUGAGUACGAUAACUUUCAGAAGAUUGCUUCAGCCCUUCGUGAUGAAUGUCACUUCUACGUGGGGUUAGGUGAAUGGACGAGGAAGAAGAACAUUGCUGGCAAUCAUAUAGUGUUCAGAGAUGCCAAUGGGGAAAAGGAGUUCAACGGGCCGAUUGCUGGAUAUCAACAUCUCUUGGAAUGGGCAAACUCAAACUGUGUGCCUUUGAUUAGAGAAAUCACGUUCGAGAAUGCUGAAGAGUUGACGGAAGAAGGGCUACCGUUCUUGAUAUUGUUCAGAAAAGUGGGCGAUAAGAAAACUGAAGAAGACUUUACUUCCGUGGUGCUUAAGGAGCUUGGGGAUCAGAAGGGUAUGUUAAUAUAUUCUUUUUUGAAAUCUUAACAUUUUCCAUAUAUUUUGCUUCAAUAUUGUAUAGAAAUGUCAUAAGCAUGUGCUAUACUUAUGUUUUUUGAGUGACACUUACUUUUAGGUGCUGUAAACGUCUUGAUGGCCGACGGAAAGAAAUUCGCACAUCCGUUGUUCCAUUUGGGCAAGAAAGAACACGAUCUACCGGUCAUAGCUAUCGACUCUUUCAGGCACAUUUUCCCAUUUCCUAAAUACGACGAUAUCUUGUAAGUACUGUUGUUUUAUUAUACUUGAAAAUUUAGAUAUCCUGAUCAUAAAAACCUAUGAUUCGAUAAAUAUUAACGUAUAGCAGUUUUAUUAACUAAAAAUAUGCUAACUUUGUCGUUUCAGCGUGCCAGGCAAACUACGUCAAUUCGUGGAUGACCUUAACUCUGGAAAGCUACACCGUGAAUUCCAUCACGGGCCAGACGUCAAGGUAAACAUAGCCUACUGUAACAUAAUAUUUUUAGUCGACGGGGCCGCCCGAGAGUGCAUUCGGCAAGCUAAAACCAUCCAACAACCGGUACUCACUGCUCAAAGACGAACUCUAG